CAACUAUCUUGACCUUAUAGUUGAUAGAUAGUUACUUAACUAUUGGAUUGAUGAUAUUUUUAUGCUUUCUUUCAUAUUAUGAGUUAAAUUUUCCUGUAUAUAAACUCCUGCUAACAAAAAAAAAUUUUGGAUCUCCAUCUCAUCAAAAAAAUAUUACUGAAAAAUUAUUAGACAGUAUAACGUCAAAUACCAUACUAUAUCAUCAUCAUAUAAUACCAUCAUGAAGUCUGAUUUUAGAUUCUCAAACUUAUUGGGAACAGUGUAUAGACAGGGGAAUUUGUUAUUCUCGUCAGAUGGAACGAAAUUGUUGAGUCCAGUGGGGAAUAGAGUGUCCUGUUUUGAUUUAAUCAAUAAUAAAUCAUUCACAUUUGAAUAUGAACAUAGGAAGAAUAUCGUUAGAAUAGCAUUAAAUAAACAACAAACCCUUUUGUUGAGUGUGGAUGAGGAUGGAAGAGCCAUAUUGGUGAACUUUGUAUCGAGAACUGUCUUACAUCAUUUCAAUUUCAAAGGUAAAGUUCAAGAUUUACAAUUUAGUCCUGAUGGUCAUUAUUUUGCAAUUGCUACUACUAAAUUCAUUCAAGUUUGGAAAACUCCAAAUAUGACUGAAGAUAGACAAUUCUCUCCCUUCAUACGUCAUAGAAUAUAUUCUGGUCAUUAUAAUGAUGUGUUAUCUAUAAAUUGGUCCAACGAUUCUCGAUUCUUUAUAACUACUUCAAAAGAUAUGACAUCAAAGAUAUUCUCCUUACAAUCAGAAGAAAAGAAUGUGGCCAUGACUUUGGCGGGUCAUAGAGAUUAUGUCAUUAAAGCCUUUUUCAAUGAAACUCAAGAAAUCAUAUAUACCAUAAGUAAAGAUGGUGCUUUAUUUACCUGGGAAUAUACUGAAAAACCUUCAACUGAAGAAGAUGAUGACGAGGAUGAAGAUAGUGAUAGUGAUGAUGAUGAUGAAAACAAGCCAACUAAACCUAUGAGUUGGAGAAUCACCGCUAAGAACUUUUUCCAUUCUGAUGCUAAAGUCAGAUCUGCCACUUUCCAUGCCAAAACAAAUUUAUUAGUAGUUGGAUUUACAAAUGGUGAAUUCAGAUUAUAUGAAUUACCGGAAUUUAAUAUGAUUCAACAAUUAAGUAUGGGACAAAACUCAAUCGAUACUUGUGAAAUCAAUAGUACUGGUGAAUGGCUUGCCUUUGGAUCAUCUAAAUUAGGUCAAUUAUUAGUAUAUGAAUGGGCUAGUGAAACUUAUAUUUUAAAACAACAAGGUCAUUUUGAUUCUAUAAAUUCAUUAGUAUAUUCUCCUGAUGGAUCCAGAAUAGUAACUGCAUCUGAUGAUGGUAAGAUCAAGAUUUGGGAUAUAAAUUCCGGCUUUUGUCUUUAUACUUUCCAAGAACAUAAUUCAAGUAUAACUGAUAUUAAAUUCAGUAAAAAGGGGAAUGUGUUAUUUAGUUGUUCAUUAGAUGGUACUAUUAGAGCUUGGGAUCUUAUCAGAUAUAGAAACUUCAAGACUUUCACUGCUACUAAUCGUAUCCAAUUUAAUUGUAUUGCCAUUGAUCCCAGUGGUGAAAUAUUAGUGGCGGGAUCUCAAGAUAGUUUUGAAAUCUUUAUAUGGUCGAUUCAAACUGGACAAUUAUUAGAUUCUUUAAAUGGUCAUGAAGGUCCAAUUUCAUGUUUAGAUUUCGGAGUGGAAAAUUCAUCAGUAUUAGUAUCAUCAUCAUGGGAUAAAACCAUUCGAAUUUGGAAUAUUUUCGGUAGAAGUGCUACUGUUGAACCUAUUGAAUUAAAAAGUGAUGCAUUAAGUUUAACCAUUAGACCUGAUUGUAAAGAAGUGGCCGUAAGUACGUUAGAUGGAUACAUUACUGUUUUCGAUGUCGAAUCAGGUAAUCAAAUUCAUUUAAUUGAUGGUAAACGUGAUAUUUUAAGUGGAAGAUACUUGGAAGAUAGAUUCACCAGUAAGAAUUCAACUAGAUCAAAAUAUUUCAAUACUAUAAGCUAUUCAAAUGAUGGAUUAACUUUAAUUGGAGGGGGUAAUAAUAAUUCGAUUUGUAUGUAUGAUAUUUCAAAUGAAGUAUUAUUAAAGAGAUUUACUGUAUCUCAAAAUUUACAAUUAAAUGGUACUCAAGAAUUUUUAAAUAGUAAUAGAAUGAUUGAUGGUGGUGAAGGUGGUACCCUUGAUUUAAUUGAUGAAGCAGGUGAAGCCAGUGAUUUAGAAGAUAGAUUAGAUUCCACCAUACCUGGAUCAAAAAGAGGUGAUCCAUCAUUAAGAAAUAUCAGACCUGAAAUUAGAGUUAGUAGUAUUCAAUUCUCUCCAACUUCAACUACAUCAUUUGCAGCUGGAUCUACCGAAGGACUUUUAAUCUAUUCAAUUGAUAAUUAUAUUUUAUUCGAUCCCUUUGAUUUAGAUGUGGAUGUCAAUAAUGAAUCUAUUCUUGAAUCAUUACAAGAAAAAGAAUACUUGGUAGCAUUAAUCAUGGCAUUCAGAUUGAAUGAAACUUAUUUGAUUGAAAGAGUUUAUGAAAGCAUCCCUUAUAAUGAUAUUAAAUUGAUUGUGAAUGAUUUACCUAUUAUUUACGUAUCUAAAUUAUUAAAUUUCAUAAGUGAUGUGAUUAAUUCGGAUAAUGUUGGAAGUAAAAAAAGUAAUAAUAGUGGUGAUCAACAUUUUGAAUUUAAUUUAUUAUGGGUUAAGAUUAUUUUAGAGAUUCAUGGACAAUUUAUUAAUUUAAAUAAAUUUGAAUUUCAAUCUUCAUUAAAGAAAAUUCAAAGAUUUUUAAGUAAGAUUGGUAAAGAUAUAAUAUUGUUGAAUAAGAGAAAUAAUUAUUUAUUAGAGUAUCUUACAGUGGCAAGAGAUUUAAAGGGUGAAGAAGAGGGUGAUGAUGAAGAAGGUAUAAUUGAAGAUGUUGAAGAGGAUGACGAUGAAGAGAUGGAAGUGGAUGGUGAAGAAGAUGUUGAAGCAGAUGAAGAAUUAGGUGGAUGGUUUGGAAGUCAAGUGAAAUCAUCUAAUGGGAUAGUAUUCAGUGUAUCAGAUGAAGAGGAUGAAGAUGAAGAUGAAGAUGAUGAAAAGGUUGUCUUCGAAGAAGAUGAUGAUGAGGAAGAAGAAGAAGACGACGACCACGACGACGACGAAGAUGAAGAUAACUAAAUAGUCAAGAAUAAAAAGUCAUAAUAGGUAUGAUUGUAAAUAAUAGCAUAACAAAUAGUUUAAGUUUAAUAGACAUUUAAGGAUUAUA